GACAGUGUCGGGAAAGUUACAGUCUGGCUGGAUUUUAAAGGAAGACAUGGGUCUAAUUGGAAAACGCUACGUGGAAGAGGACUUUGGAGGUGGUCCUUGAAGGCUCAGUGGAAAGAAUCAGAAGGAAAUGGAGAUGGCAGGUUUUCCAUAGUAUAUCUAGUAUGAGUCCUACAUCUCAGCCUCCUAUCCAGCUUGAGCAGUGUCAGCUGCACUGGCUAGCGAAUAAAUGUUCCUCAGAAAAUUAAAUGUCGUCAGAAGACCGAGAAGCUCAGGAAGAGGAAUUGCUGGCCCUGGCGAAUAUUUAUGAUGGAGAUGAAUUUAGAAAAGCAGAGUCUGUCCAAGGUGGAGAAAUCAGGAUCCAUUUGGAUCUGCCACAAAAUUUCAAGAUAUUUGUAAGCGGCAAUUCAAAUGAGUAUCUCCAGAAUAGUGGCUUCGAAUACGCCAUCUGCUUUCUGCCUCCACUUGUGCUGAACUUUGAACUGCCACCAGAUUAUCCAUCCACCUCCCCACCUUCAUUCACACUUAGUGGCAAAUGGCUGUCACCAACUCAGCUAUCUGCUGUGUGCAGGCACUUAGACCGCCUCUGGGAAGAGCACCGUGGCAGCGUGGUCUUGUUUGCCUGGAUGCAGUUUCUUAAGGAAGAGACUCUAGCAUACCUGAAUAUUGUCUCUCCUUUUGAGCUCAAGAUGGGUUCUCAGAAAAAAGUGCAGAGAAACACAGCUCAAGCCUCUCCCACCACAGAGCUAGAUUUUGGAGGAGCUGCUGGUUCUGAUGUAGAUGAAGAGGAGGUUGUGGACGAGAGAGCUGUGCAGGAUGUGGAAUCGUUGUCAAGUCUGAUCCGGGAAAUCUUGGACUUUGAUCAAGCUCAGCAGAUAAAAUCCUUUAAUGGUAAAUUGUUCCUGUGCAAUAUCUGUUUCUGUGAGAAGCUGGGUAGUGAAUGCAUGUACUUCAUGGAGUGCAGGCACGUGUACUGCAAAGCCUGUCUGAAGGACUACUUUGAAAUCCAGAUCAGAGAUGGCCAGGUUCAAUACCUCAACUGCCCGGAACCAAAGUGCCCUUCGGUGGCCACUCCUAGUCAGGUCAAAGAGCUAGUGGAAGCAGAGUUAUUUGCCCGUUAUGACCGCCUUCUCCUUCAGUCUACCUUGGACCAGAUGGCAGAUGUGGUGUGCUGCCCCCGCCUGUGUUGCCAGCUGCCUGUGAUCCAAGAGCCUGGCUGCACCAUGGGCAUCUGCUCCAGCUGCAAUUUUGCCUUCUGUACCUUGUGCAGAUUGACCUACCACGGGGUCUCUCCAUGUAAGGGGACUGCAGAUGAUGACCCUGACGCAGAUGAGGUCAAUAAACGAUUGUCGACAUCGAAGUAUCGUCGGAGGAAGAUUAAGAAGGAAGAGAUGAAAAGUAAGCAGUGGCUAGAAAAUAACUCUAAGAGCUGCCCGUGCUGUGGGACUCCCAUACAGAAAGUAGAAGGAUGUAACAAGAUGACAUGUCCUGGCUGUAAGGGAUAUUUCUGCUGGAUUUGCAUGAAUUCCCUCUCUCAAGAAAGACCUUAUGAUCAUUUCAGUAAUCCUGAUUCCCCGUGUUUUAAACGGUGUUAAUAUCCUGUGAAUGUUAAUAGAAGACUAGUUUCCUCGUUCUGCUCAAGAUAUGGAGAUGGAAUGGUUUGCCCUAGUCUUUCAUCCGGUGCACAAAGCAACCUUGCAGGAUAUAUAGAGUGCCAUUCAUUCACUCUUCCUGUGUAGAAGAUAUGGAAGAACAAGUUUUAUAUUUUCAUAUAGUACUACUGAUUAAGACACAUUCAUACAUUUUUUCAGUGUAACAUAAAUUGAGAAAAAUUAUAAGCCAAAGGUUCUGAAAAUGAAAACUUCAGAAUAUUAAAUAUUUUAAUAUGCCCAAAGCUCUGAAUAGUUAAAAAUUAAAUAUUUAUUUUCUUCCUCAAGCUGUAGGUAAGGAGGGGUAAAGAGUUAAACUUAUUAGACCCUUUUGUCUCUGAAAAGCAUCCCUCUAAGACAUUCUGCUGGAGCCCCCUCAGUACUACUUCUUACCACUGGGGAGGGUAGAAGCCUUAUUAAAAGUGGACUGGCUGGGCCGGCCCGUGGCUCACUCGGGAGAGUGUGGUGCUGAGAACACCAAGGCCCCGGGUUCGGAUCCCAUAUACGGAUGGCCGGUUCGCUCACUGGUUGAGCGUGGUGCUCACAACACCAAGUCAAGGGUUAAGAUCCCCUUACCGGUCAUCUUUAAAAAAUAAAUAAAUAAAUAAAUAAAAAAUAAAAGUGGACUGGGACCUUAUCUCCUUUAGUCUGUGUUAGUCACAUUCCAUCCAACCUAAAUUUCUGCUGAGUUAAUUCUUUCCUUGGGGGAAGCCCUUUACUCUAUAACUGACUGCAUGCCCCAGUGUCAUUUUGACUUGCUGCAUUUCAGAAUAGAACUUUAUAAUAAUUUUUAAAAAUAUUUUUUAAUACCACACACACACACUGUGGGUACUUGAUAUUUAUUGGUGGGGUAUACAGUCCACUGGUUUAGAGCCAAGUCUAGGAUUUAAUGAUACUGGCUCAGAAGAAUUUCAGCCCUGUUCAACUUGCCCGGUCAGUAGAGCCUGGAUUCAAAACGACUUGCCUUUGCUACCUUUUGCUCCACCUUCUCUUUGUUUACCCUCACCCUGCUUUCUGUUGGGAAGGACAAUUUUCGUAUUAAUUCCAGCAGCAGUUACUAUUAUUUCCUUUGUGGAAUAGGAGAAAGUCUAAUAUAUUUCCCAUCUGAACAAGCCAAACAUUCUUUAAUUAUCUGCUUUUUGAACCUGUUCACACCAGAAAAGUUCCUAAUUUGCUAACUUCCUGUAUUAUUUUCUGAAGGUUUUCUCUAAAUAGCUGUGAGAAUUUGGCUUUUUACCUGCUUUUGCAACAGCAGUGUUUUGGGUGAGCAUUUUGGCUUGAUAACUAUAUUCCUGUUUCUGGGUUUUGUUGGUGUUUUGAAAAAUUGUCUUUGCUUAUGGCUUGGUGAGUGGCUUGGUAGCAGAAUAAGAUUUUUUGAAAAAGAGACAGCAGAAUUCCACUGCAGCUUGUGAACAUGUUCUUUUCUGCUACCUCGUUAUUUAAAGUUAAGGAAUCAGUUUUAACUGUUUUAGAUGUGUGUGUCCAAAGAGGCAGCAAGGACUGUGUACUGGAUCGUCAAUGAGGAUGCUUAAUCUUAAAAAAUAAAAAUAAUUUAAAAAAUCACCUUAAAAAUAUAACUGAGUUGCUGCUAUUUGUUCUGUCUCCAAGGCAACUGAUCACAUUUUAAAAGUCUGUUUGGCAUGGAACAUCUUCUUAUGCGAGAAGAAAGUCAUGGAACAGCACCUUCUCUAAUACCUGGGCUAGUGAGUGAGCUUAGGGGUUAGGGCCCAGAUUUUGUUUAAACCAGAUAGUUUCACGGACUUCCAUUCAGUACCUUGUGUUGAAGAGCCAAAGUUAAUGUAAGAGUAGUUGAAGAUAAGAAAUGAAAAUUAAAACAAUUAUACAGUAUGUACCUGGAAAAGAGACUUCUGUGAUUGAAUAGGAGUUUAAUUCGUAGUUUUUCAGUAGUAACCACUCAGAAACUCUAAUUUAGUUCAUGAGCUGGUUGAUACUUGCUGGAGAUCAUUUAAUUUGAAGUUGUUGUAUGUUAUGUUGAGGAUGUCAUGGAAGUAGGAAAGAAGCCUUUAAAAUAUAGUUUUAUGAAAGAAAUGGGAAGGUUUUUUAAAUUUAUGAUUUAAAAAACAUAACAGAGGUGUGUAGUCUCAAAGAAUUGUUUGUUCACCUGAGUAUUUCUUUCUUCUUUCCUCAGGUACAAAAUCUUCAUCCCUCAGUUUUAACAGAAACUGUAGAGCUUCUAAAAUCUUAUUUUUGAGCAUGAGUUAUGGGCCAGAUAUAAGAUGGAGUAGUUUUGGUUGAGUACUUUUGUCUCUGAAUGAAAUGAAAAAUUUGGGUAACUCCCUGAAUGAAUGCCCUGUGAAAACAAUUGGGUUUGUGGAAGGUGGUGGUUUCAAGAAAGUGUAUGAGAGAAUAAAGUGUUUUGUACCUGGCUUAAUUUCAUGAAGGCCCUUUUCCCAAGUGGCUGAGAUUUGCCAUAAAUUCACAUGAACCUCAUUGUUCCUUUUGGUGGGAGUUUGGAGAGGCCCUGUCCCUUGAUUUUAUAUAAAAGGUUUGGAUCUAGAGCUGAUAAAUGACAAUAAAUUACUACAUAAUUUUUUUUUUAAGUCAAAA